AUGUCGAAUGGGAAGCCCAAGGUGGAGAUACCAGCAUGGCAGCGGGCAGCUCAGCCAACGCCAGCGCCAGUUGACGAUCCGGUCUACAGCAAACCACAGCAGCCGGAGAAGGAGAGCGAGAUGGAGGCGGAUGUGAAGGAAGGCACUGUUUCGAGUGAGGAGAAAGAUGGAGGCGCAGAAGCGGCGGAGGGGAGUGUAGGCACCCAGAAAGAAGACAUAGCGAGAUUCCAGCGUGUCUUUGGGAGAGACGAAUUUGCCGACUUCAAACAACGACAAGUGGAGCAAAGGAAUACACCUCCACCACAGCAGCAGCAGCAAGCCACGCACACAGCACCGCCUAUCAUCACGUAUCCCGAGUUCCUCGUCGAAGCCCACAAGCCGCCACCACUCAUUACUCCGACCCGCGUGCUCAACACACUCUACGUCGCGGGCGGCAUAUCUACUCUUCUCUAUGCUGCCAGCAAAUAUAUCGUCACGCCCAUGGUUGACACGCUCCAUGAAUCUCGUCAUGAUUUCCUAUCCCAUAGCCAAUCGAAGGUCGAUGAGCUCAACUCCCGCCUCUCUAAACUCGUCAGCAAGCAACCGGGCGGCACAAUUAUGCCCUCUGAUGUAGAUGAUGACGACAGCGACCUCAGUGAUCCUACCGAGCUCUACCAUCGUGAUAUGGGCACUCAGACCGAACUUCCUCUUGAAGCAAAGUCGACUAUCCGGAAUGUGGAGGAAGAAAAGAAGAAAGAGCACGUUGAAUACGCUGCAAAUGGCCUCAAAAUCAUCGAAUCCCACAUAAGUGAGAUGGCGGACGCUAGCGAUCAAGCUGGAGAAGCCCACAAAGACCGACGGGAGAAAAUGAAUGAGCUUAGACAUUACUUGGAUCAAUUGCUGUACGGGACAGCGGGCGGACCAUUGUGGACUGAAGAUUCGAUCAAGAAUGCUUACGGGACGAGCAGCGCUAUGGGAGGCAUUGGCGCGAUGGAUAGCAGUAACACCAACAACAAUAAGAAAGAGGAUGAUGCGAUUGAGGAGCUGAAGAAGGAGAUUCGAGGUGUCAAGGGUGUUUUGUUGAGUGCGAAGAGAUUUCCACCUGCGAGAAGACCA